AUGGCCGGGGGCGCGUUCCCCGUUACGGCACCAGCCCCAGCCCCGACCGUGUCGGCGCUCGCCCCCCUCGGCCCGCUUGGGCCGGCGGCGGCCGCGGCGGCGCAGAACACCUCGUUUGGCGAGACGCAGUUUACCGGGGUCGGGCCUAUCUACAAGAAGCAGGACUCGCUCGAGCCGUUCUAUGCAAACCUGUACGGUAUCCCGGUGCCGCAAGGCCAGUCAGACCCUGACAUCUUCAUCACCCUGGAGGUCCUGGGGGAAUCGACCGAUGUGGGCCUCUACUGCAACCCCGGCUGGGGGCAAUACGCCGAUGUUAAUGCCAACUACCCGCAACCCGGCUAUGCCAUCUGGCAGUCAGACCUGUCAAACGAUGUGGACACGGUGUUCAUCAGCAAGAAUGACCGCCUGUAUCGGCCCCCAUACGCGCGCGAGCCAAACACCACCGCAUACAACAACUACCAGCCCUACUUCAUCUGCUCGGUCAUAAACAUGGACCCCGCGCGCCAGGUGGCGUACAGGAUGGAGGCUGACCUCAUCAACAACUCGGGCGCCCUGUCUCCCCUCGAGCAGCGAGCCCUCUCCAACAUCUUCAACAGCUGCUGCGUGGGCUCCGCUGCAGUCUGCAGCGACUGGAAGGCUCGCAACGCGAAGGAGGGAGGCAAGCUGUUCACCGAUUGGUGCCGUUUCCCGGGGCAAAUUUGCACGGCCAAUGGAACUCUGCUAAGACUGGACAUGCGCGGCUAUAACCUUCAGUGCCCCUUCCCCGCCACUGACCUGGCGGUGUUUACUAGCUUGACCACCCUUAACCUCGGCCGCAACCCUAACAUGACGGGGACGGCGAUAGAUGUGUUCUCUGCUCUGGCGAACGCGAAGAGCCUGCGCCAUGUCAACCUGUACCGUAACAGCGGGCUCAGCGGACCGUUGACGCCGGCGCUGUCCGUAACGGGCGGAGGUCUGUGCCAGCUGGCAAAGCGGUCACUCAAUACUCUGACCAUUGAGGGCGUGGGUCUGACCGGGGGCGUUCCUGCCUGCCUGCUGAACAAUGGCAGCCGCCUUGUUGAGGUUCUGACAGCGUACAACAACCAGCUUACGGGUGUGAUUCCUGCGUCCAUCGGCAAUGCAAAGCAGCUGAGCAACUUUGACAUUACCAACAACGCAAUCUUUGGCACCAUCCCGGCCUCCCUUGGAAACAUCACCACCCUCAAAUACGCCAUUCUCAAGUUCAACAAGCUCACAGGCAGCAUUCCGAGCGCGCUGGCGACAAACACAAACCUGGAGACUUUGGAUGUGAAGGGCAACCGACUGAGCUUGCUCCCAGACGAGUGGAUAACCGGUUACCCCACUGUGGUCAACUCAUCAUUGGUCAACGUGCGCCUCUCCUUCAACAACUUCUCCGGCGGCUUCCCGGCGGCUCUUGCAGCUGCCCCCCAGCUCACCUUCCUUGUCAUCAACAACAACACCCUCAGCGGCCCGCUGCCGACCAAUGCCACAGUGGGCAGGGACUAUUUCCCGGCCCUGCGCGCGAUGAACAUUUCCCACAACGCAUUCUCCGGUUCGCUGCCCUCUGCCUUCAGCAGGAGCGGAGUCUUCACGCUCAAGCCGCUGCAGUUUGCGGACGGAGAGAUCCUGAUGCAUGUCUUCGACGUGAGCUACAACAACUUCAGCGGCCGUCUUCCCAGCUUCCUGGACUUCACAAACGUGCCCGAGUAUGCGCAGCGCGGGAUCUUCAUCGCGGGAAACAAUUUCACCUACUCCUGCAACGCGCAGCAGAGCUACAUAAACGACAUCUGCCUGCCGGGGGCGGCUCCCUCGCCGAGUCAGCUCCCCCCGCUCGGAACAACCACCCCUGGAUCGCGCACAGCUGUCGGUGGGCUGCCCAGAACUAAUGCCACCCUGCCCUCCAACAAUGGAAGCCUGCCCGGCCAGAUGGUCUACCCAGGUGGCACGUACCCCAAUGGACAGGUCAGCCUGCCAGGAGACCCGAGUGGCAGGACAUCUGCCAAUGCAGUCUCAGCCGGUCAGCCUGUUGACAUCCAGAGGGCGCCGCAGAAUGGCAGCAAGCAGGGAUUGAACGGCGGCCAGGUCGCUGGCAUUGUGAUUGGAGUUCUGCUUGCUUUGGCGCUCACGGCGGUCAUUGCAUUUCUGGUCGUCUGCCGGAGGAAGAGGGUAUCCGGCGCGCCAAACCAGGCGGGCGGCAAGAGCGGCGGGGGCCUGGGUGGCCUCAAAAUCGGCGGCGGCAACAAGUUCGAGCGUUUCAACGACGGCCUCGAAAUGAGCGAGAGCACUCGCCACAUGGAGGGCUUCGGCUCCGGCCAGCGCCACGACUGUGGAGCGGCGUUCCCUCCGCUGUACACGGCCGGCAAAGGGCAUUCCCUCACAUGCGCGCACCCGCCGCCGAGCCGAGGUGCCAUCCAGUCAGGGACGUGCCCGUUGGGGCGCUGA